UUGGCCGAAGGAGUUUUGGAGAACGCGUGUGGAUUUACGAUUUCGUCAUGCUGUUUUGAGAUGUGUUGAUAUUCUGACAGUGACUUGAAUUUGGGUGUGUUGUUAGUGGAACAUGGGUGUCGGAAAUUCAAACUUUAUUUGAGAUUCAAGGUGGAUAAGCUCGUUUCCGAAGCCGAGUGCCUGGUGCUCUCGAUCUCGCUGGCUCCGGUCGUUCUGCUACUGGUGGACAUGAGGAAAUUACUAAGGAAAGGCAUCAACUGACAGCAGCAAUGACGAGCAAAGGAGGGGUUCCUCAGAUUAUGGUCUUUCGACCAACCUACGAGGAAUUCAAGGACUUCGCAAAGUACAUUGAGUACAUUGAGUCGCAGGGCGCCCACAAGGCUGGCGUCGCAAAGAUCAUUCCUCCAAAGGAAUGGGUUCCCAGAAGAAAUGGCUUCAAGGUGGAAGAUAUAGGUGACAUGGUGAUCAAGAAUCCCAUCUGCCAGGUGGUGACGGGCCGGCUCGGCUCUUACACCCAGAUCAACGUGCAGAAGAACGCCAUGACGGUACGCGACUUCUACCGCAUGGCCAACAGCGCCACCUACCAGACGCCGCCGCACGACGGUCUGGAGGACCUGGAGCGCCGCUACUGGAAGAACAUCACCUACGUGUCGCCCAUCUACGGCGCUGACGUGUGCGGCUCGCUCACCGAUCCCGACUGUGAUGUGUGGAACAUCAACAAGCUGAGAACCGUGCUGGAUUACGUGGAGGAAGACUACGGUAUCAGCAUUGCCGGCGUCAACACUGCCUACCUCUACUUCGGCAUGUGGAAGACCACGUUCGCCUGGCACACGGAGGACAUGGACCUGUACAGCAUCAACUACCUCCACUACGGGGCGCCCAAGUCCUGGUACGCCAUACCACCGGAGCACGGCCGGCGACUGGAGCGGCUGGCCGUCAACUUCUUCCCGUCCGAGGCCAAACAGUGCCAGGCCUUCCUGCGGCACAAGAUGUUCCUGCUCAGCCCGCAGAUCCUCAAAAAGUACUCCAUACCAUUCAACAGGAUCACCCAGGAGGAGGGUGAGAUCAUGAUCACGUUCCCCUACGGCUACCACUCGGGCUUCAACCACGGCUUCAACUGCGCCGAGUCGACCAACUUCGCCUCGCCGCGCUGGGUCGAGUACGGCAAGCGGGCGACCCUCUGCCACUGCAAGGACGACAUGGUGCGUAUCAGCAUGGACACUUUCGUACGCCGGUUCCAGCCGGAGCGGUAUGAGCUCUGGCUGGCCGGAAAGGACGUGGGCCCGCACCCGGAGGACCCCAGCCGCAACACGCCCGCCAACAGGCCCACGCACGCCGAUGUGGUCUGCAACAAGAGCACUGAGGAGAUGGCCAAGGUGACUGCGCUGAUCGACUCGCAGCAGAAGCGCCACAAACGUCACCCGAUCCACAAACGGAAGGGCUCCGACCGUCUGGAGGGCGACCAGCAGCUACUGGCGCUCGGCGACCUCUACGAGCGUGAGGAAGACUCGGACGGCGAUGACGGCGACUCUGAUGACGAUGACGACGAGGAGGAGCGCCGUCCGCGCCACAAGCGUCACCGCCUCUCGUUCACGGCCGCUGACGGCUCGCCGCAGCUGCAGGCGGAGCCUGUAGUGGAGCUGGAGCGUCUGGAUUCGAUCACCGGCGGCAGCUGUGACGAGCCGCACCAGCGCCACCGCAAGCGUCACCUGGUGCACGGCAGUCGGAGGAUCACCUUUGAGCCGACCGGCGACGGCGCGGCGCUGCGCCGGCGGCUAAUGGCGGCCGUGAGACACCGCCGGCGUGCCCCGGACCCGACAGUGGCUGCUGAGCUGCAGAAAGCGCUGGCAGAGGCCGCCCAGGAGCUGCCCAAGCUGUUAGAUGUGAGCGAUGAACAGCGCGAGGCGGCGCGAGAGGCUGAGGCUAAGACGCUGGCAGAAGAUGAGCAGCGUCGAUUGGAGGAGGUGAAGAAGGAAGAAGAGAAGAAGGCGGAGGAGAAGGCAGCAGCGGCGGCUGCUGCCGCGGCUGAGGCAGUGGCUGAGAUAAAGGCCAAAGAAGAGGAGCGGACGAGGCUGGCUCUGGCGGCGCCGGGCCCGUCUGGGGUGAGCUCUCGUCCGUCCGCUGCGCUCGCUGACAGCUCCGGUGUGCCGGUACGCAGGAAGUCGUUCAAGAAGGAAUCCAAAGACCCGAAGACAGCGGCUGCGCUGGAGGAGUCUCGGCUGAAAGAGGAGGCAGUGAUUCAGAAUAUUCUGAAGGCAAUGAGAGAGGAGGCUGGCUCCUCGGGUGCUGUGUUGGAAAAGAAGUUCAAGAUUCCGAAGAAGUCGCGUCAGCCGUCGUCGCCCGAGAGGCGAUCGUCAACGGAUGGCAGCACUGCGCCUUCGACCUCUCAGCUAAACGGCUCUCACGGCACGUGGCCCAGCGACUCGCGGCCAGCGCCGCUGCCACCGCCGCCGCCCGACCCGACCGCUAUCGCCACUGCCACGGCCGCCUCGCAGCAGCCGUCUUUUUUAGCGGUGGGCACUGGGAGGGAUCCGGGGGGCCUCCCAGUGCGCGCCGCGACGUCGGCGACCACCGCUCCCCCUGCGCCGGUCCGGCGCCGCCUGCCGGCCGGCCUGCUGCACUGGCUGCGCCACCUGGUGGGCUGCCGCUGGGACCGCGCGGCGCGCCGCCGCCGGCUCACCAGACUGCUGGACGAGCCGCUGCCGGAGCCGACCCGGCGCGGCCUGCUGCGCCUCCUCAAACAGACGGUGGCGGCCAGCGGCUCGGUGACGCCGCCGCCCUCUUCCGCGGAGGGCUUCAGCAGCAGCAGCAGCAACAACACCAGCAGCUCCUCCAACACCACCAGCAGCAGCAGUACCCUCCCGCUGCACAGUCCGCCCCAGCCGCCACCGGAUGGGCAGAUCAACGCCCGUGGGAGAACGGAAAACUCUGGGAUCGAGACAGAGGAGACGGUCCAUCCCGCGAGCUUGAGCGAUCGUGGGGUGACGCCCGCGCUGAUGGACAUGCCUGGCCUGAUCGGCGCCGAGAGUCUAAACCUUGGACUGCCGACCGACCUGAUGCUCAGCACUGGGGCGGCGAACGCGGAGACGGUCGGCCUUGGCGUGAUGAGCGACGGGACCAUCAGCGCUGGCAUGGCGACCAACGAGACGGCCAUCCCCGCGCUCCAGCCCAAUCCCGAGCCCCCGCCGGCCAGCCUUACGGCAACGGACAUCCAGAGCCGCGGGGUGGCGAGCGUCCACACAGAACUCGCUGGGACAGCGGUCAGCGCGACGGAGAACAAUGGGGCGGCGGGCGGCCCGCCAGAACUCGCUGGGACAGUGGUCAGUCCGACAGUCAGCACUGGGCCGGCGCCGAUCACAGAGAUCCGGCUGGUCGCGCCGCCGGGCCCCGCGGCCGCGGAGGGCCGCCCAGAGGUCACGGCGCCGCCGGUCCGGACGGUGACCACUGGCGGCACCGGCCCCGACCCGACGCUCACCACCACGGUACAAAUUGGCCGCCUCAGGGAGACGCUGUCGGUGCGCCUGCGUACGGCCGCGGACAGCAGCCUGUGCCGCCCGCCCACCGCGGCGGCGGGCCCGGCUGGCGGCCGGGACCCGACGGCCAUCAUCUGCACAAUCGCCACCGCGCCGGCGGCUGGGGGCCCGGUCCGCGCGGUGACCAGGCCCCCGGGCCCGGCUGGCAGCGGCACGGUCGCGGUCGGCCGGACGGCGCGUGGCGUGGUGACGAUCGGCAGAGCCGCUGGGGCUCUCGGCACGACAGCAGCGGCAGUGACGCGUCCUCCGCUGCCUACCGGACUGAUCAGGGACGCGUGGAUGGCGGCGCCGGCGGCGGUGUCCCAGGGGCCGGCUCAGACGCCAGCAUCAACCCAUGGGCCGCCGCAGACACCGACCGGCGUCCCGGCCUGCCGCCCGGCGGUCCUGCCGAGCGUCUCCCCCUGCCCACCGACUCCGGCGGCGGCCAGCGGGCCCAGGACACCCCCGCCGAGCCGCCAGCCGCGGCAGCCGGUAAUCCUGUCCCCGGACAAGGCGCGCCUGCUCAGGAGUCUUCUGUCGCAACUACGGCAGCACUGCUCGACCUCUGGCGACAGCUGUCCGCCGCGCAGCAGUUCUGGCAGCAGCAGCAGCAGUGGCAGGCCGCCCGGCACAUGUCUGGCGGCGGACUUCAGCAGCAGCAGCAGCAGCCCGGGCCGCGCUGAGGCGCCCCCGCCGCCGCCGCCGCCGCCCCUGCCGCCGGUGCUACCGCCGGUUCCAGUACAGGUGCCGCGGGCAGACCCGCCGCCGGUGGUUCUCCCGUCGCCGGCCGAGGCGCCCGGCCUGGAGCUCAUUCACCAGGCCAUGAUGCAGCUGGAGAACGCUAGUCCGCCGCCGCCACCCCCGCCCCCGCCGCCAUCCUCGGCUCUUGUGCCGGUUGUGAACGACAACGUUCCACCGGUAAAGACGGAGCCUGCCCAUGACACGGUGGAGGAGCAGAGGCACACGUCCGUCGACUCGGAGUCCGACGGAGAUGACACUGCCACAGACUCAGACAGCGAGUUGGAGGAGGAUCCAGAGCCGUGGCUGCCGCCGUCCGCCGACUGGGCAGCUCCUCUGACCGGUCUGUGGACGCCGCUGAAGGAUCCGGGCGACCGCUCAGACCUCGUGCGGGCCCACAACCGGCAGCGGAGCCGCGUACCGCCUCACUGCGCCGUCUGUCAGCUGUGGGCGCCGCCGGCCGCCCCCGCCCCCGCC